AAGGGAGUACAUCCUGCUUAUCAAACCAACAAGUCAAUUUUCACCCUUCAUCACUGCGUUAUACCGGAAUGAUGGUCAGAUGGUUUUCCACGAAAGGCGUCCCCAUUGAUAAAAGCGGAAUGUGAAUGUGUGCGUGAUUUUGGGGGGAAAAUGUGCGAGGAAAAUGUUCGUUGAGUUUCGUUGAAUUUUCCUGCGGAGUCUGCCAAAGAGAAGGCAUUUCUCUGGCUGCCAGCAUUUUCCUCAUUGCACUCCAACGUUCCACAUCAGUCGCAACGGGAACGUUGGCCAGAAGGGAAGUCACCUUCCCACUAGCUGAAGCUCUUUACUGUCUUGUCUCAUCAACCAGUGGCUCAAGUACUUUUCUGUGCGCAAAAUAUAGAUUACAUUUCCACCCACCAAACAGAAUAAAUAUUUAACCGGACUCAAUGUACACAUAGUUCAUCGAUUUCUCAGAAUAUUUGUGCUUCUGAUUCGCAUGUUUGGAGAAAAAAGAACAAUUAAAUAAAAAAAAUAGUAAGCGUUUUUUUGAAAAUGUGCUAUGUUAGUUUGAAAUUGUUUACAGCUUGAUCAUGUAGCAGAAUAACUGAAGAAUUCUUCAUCGAAACUUUCUAAUUUAUUGCCACAAAAAUGCUAACAUCAGAGAAAUUCUCUGACAUUGCAAAUCCAUUCAACAGGUCUCAUAAGACUUUAGUGCUUCGAAUGUGAAGGAAACGAAGAUAUAUAGAACUCUAAAUUGAUAUAGAGUUUCAUUUGAGAAAAAUUGUGUCAGUGUUCUAUCGUGGUAAAAUAAAAAUUGUGUUAAGAGACCAAAAGGAGGAAGGACAAGAUUCAAAGAAUCUAAAGGAACUUCAGCACCUUUCUCUAAAGAGAUUCUCCAUCAAAAGAAAUCCACUACGGGACAAACGUACAUUCACUGGAAUUUGCUGUAGUUCAACUACAUAAAACUUUUCUCCUUGACCAUCAAGAGACGCAAUUUUUGAUGAGUAACACUAAAAUGUCAGAAUGACCAGUGGUAUAAAUAUUACGGAAUUGAUCCAACAGCAUGUUAGUAAAUUUACGGGAGACACAAUGAUGCAUCCGGAGAAUGCAGAAACUCCUUUGGCUCUCCACCAGAAUCUCUCCAAAUACCUCAAUGCUUCCAAUCACAUUCUCUCAGACUACAAUAUCACUGAAGACCAUGUGAAUGAGUUUGUGCGUCUCCUGGGAGAAAUAGGGGCUCAAAGGGACUGCUCCAGCUACUGCGCGGGUACUCUGAGGAAUAUCUUCACGGGUUACAGGUCGUUUCACGGGUACAUCUCUCUUGUGAUCUGUAUCUUUGGCACAAUUGCGAAUAUUCUGAAUAUUAUCGUACUGACGCGGAAGGAGAUGUGUAAAGCGCCCAUUAACAUCAUCCUGAAAUGGUUGGCGGUCACCGAUAUGAUAGUCAUGAUUGAGUAUAUUCCUUUUUCCACCUACAUGUACCUCAUAUUCCCAGGAAAGCGAGAAUUUAAGUACUCCUGGGCUGUUUAUCUACUCUUUCAUAUGCACUUAUCACAAAUUCUCCACACAAUUUCCAUCUCAUUGACUGUCACACUUGCAAUUUGGCGAUAUAUUGCCAUCAAGUAUUCUCUAAUGUAUUUCAGGCAUCCUCAUGGAUCCUUCGCCGCUUGUGUAUUAUCACAUUGCAACGAGGCAAUUCUCAUAUCCUUUAUCCUUCCGCCAAUUCUCUGCUUCCCCACGUACUUUGUCUUCCGCAUCAACGAGAAGACCAUCGAGGAGAACAACAAGAAUGUGCUACUCUACCAUUUGGAUGCUAAAGAGGAUACUGCUCUCUAUCGGUUCAAUUUCUGGAUGCACUCUAUUCUCAUCAAGCUGCUACCCUGUGUAAUUCUCACUGUGAUCAGUUUUGUAUUGAUCCGGGUGCUCUAUAAGGCAGCCAAGAGAAAAGUUAAACUUAAGGGCUACACCAAUCCUAUAAAUUCCAACGCAGCUACUGCACUCAAUGGCACAAAGACUUUCUGUUUUCUUCUCCAAUAUUUUAUAAUUUGCAGACCUCCUCGGUCAGAUCGUAGAACAGACCGAACGACAAUGUUGCUGGUGGCUGUGCUGCUCCUCUUCCUCAUAACGGAGUUCCCUCAAGGAAUUCUGGGCCUUCUGAGUGGCAUCCUACAAAAGUGCUUUCUCACGCGCUGCUACACACUCUUCGGCGAGAUGAUGGAUCUCCUAGCCCUAAUCAAUGCUGCCGUAGGUUUUGUCCUCUACGGCCUCAUGUCCAAGCAAUUCCGCACAAGCUUCAAAGCUGUCUUCUUCAAGCAUCCUCCCCAUGGGGUUGAGAUGACCAAAGUCACCGGAUUAACGACAACGUGCGUCUGACUAGAGAGAAUCUUUCGUCCCUGCUGCGUGGCUCCUAGUAGUGAUCGUGUCCAGGAUAAAUCCCUUGUUUGACAAUCACCCUGCCUCGCCAGCAGGCUCAUCCGAAAGAAUUAUCCGUGAUAACUCUUCCUAAAUUACCAAAUCUAUUUUGCAGCGUUAAAAAAAAUAUGAGAGAAUUUCCUGGCGAUAACAACGAAAUGAGCUUAAUUGAACCUGUCUAGCUCCUGGAGCAACAUCACAAAGUAGGAUUACUCUUCAGAAUUUUAAUGGAUAACUUAUUAAGCAGAUAGGAAUUAAAUAAAUUGCUACAGAGAUAGAGAGUUUAAUUGUAUAAAGCGAUUUCGUGCUGUAAGGUAUUUCUCGCAAAGUAUUUCAGCAAAGAAAAUACAAAGUGGGAAUUUAAAGAAUUUUCUUUCACCAGAACCAUAGAGUUAUUAAUACUGGCUGUGAAAUACCGAUUUGAGAGGCAUUACAUUACUCUUAUAUUGACUUUUUGGUAGCAAGAUAGAUCUAAAUGUGAAUAUUAUUUAAAGUUAGACGAACUUGCUUAUUUUUAUCACAUUUACUGAAGAAUAAAAAUGAUAUUUUGCUUUGUUACUAAAACUCAACAAAUUAGGGAUUUAUAGCCACGCCCCUUUCAGCAAUUUUGGCCAGGUGAAAUUGAAAACUUUGUCAUUUAAAAAAUUUAAUAAAUUUAAAUUGAUUGUUUAGAUUUAUUGAAUUUGUAUUUGAUACACUUUGAAUAAACAUCUAUAACAAUUCCAUUAGUAAAUGAGUAUGGAGCGCUGAUAAUUCAAUGAUUUAAGCCACGCCCGUAGAUAAUGAACAAUAAUCAUGUGAUAUAAAAUACAAAUACGGAAAAUUCUAAACAAAACGAAAUUUUGUUACUUAUUCAGUUUAUUUGUAUUUAAGCUAUAAAUGUUAUCAUCUAUUUUCAAUAGUGUUAAAAGAACUGGAAAAAGCUUAAGCUUAACUAAUAUUCUGCAAUGAAAAUCCUUAAAAUCGGUCAGUGAGAUAAGUGUGUAAUCUCAAAUAUAAGGUUAAAUAAAUAUAAUUAUUGACUGCUCCCACAAGGGGAGCUUGAUUCUCUUACUAAAAUUCUAACUAAUUCUCUAUUUACACAAAAUAUCGUUAAUUUACGGAGACUCAAACACAAUUUCGAAUUUUUAAACUAAAAUUUUCGCAAAAAAUGAAAGAAAUUUAUGAAGUAUCGUGUAAAAAAAACUGGUAAAAGAGUUACUCAGUAAUUAUGAAAGGAAUUAAUAAUGCUACAGGAAAGGUCUUCUAGGACAGCCAGGGGCCUCUUCACAUUUCAUUUUUCUAUACGUUUUUGCAUAGGGGCACUGAAGACUAUUGGAAAGUUUUUUCCUAAAGAGAAUUGACUUAUCAGUCUGAUAUAUUUCGAAAUCGUGCAUUAAAAGCUAUCUAAAAAUACAUAUAUAUUUCAUAAUGCUCGCCGAAAUAAUACAAGAACUACGAGCAAAUUUGUUUAAGUCACGAUGCAAUGGCUGCAAAAUUUUUACAAGGAGAAGUGAAAAAUAGCUUCACUUUUUAUUAGGUUUGAUGGGCCCCUGAGGACAGCAUCAAAAUUAAAGAAAAUAUACAAAAAUUUGACUUUUUUAAUUUGUGCUUAAAGGCCGAAAAAAGGACAAUGGGAAAAACAGUCUAACCUUUCGUCACGGUUCAGCGGGUACAGCUACAUGAAAACAGUAGCGUUUUCAGGAUAUUUUUGCUGUGUCCAUCAGCUGAUCGGUCCGCAGUUCCCGAACAAAAAUUCUAACGAUAAAUAUAUAGAAGUGAAACUGCCCCAACUGCCCCGGGAGUAUCAUAUUAAGGUCAGAAAUAUUCAGCUAAUAUUUCAGCUGAAUUGAAAUCGGUUAGCAUUUGAUGCUCGCUUGGGAAUGAAAUCUAUACCAUCGAAAAGUUUUCAGCCAAAGGUAACAACUGUUGUUCCGGGACCAACCCCAAUACCACUGGACCACUAGUAGGAAAACCACUAGAGCAUGCUUAAAAAAUACCGAUGGUUUCCCAUCAGACGAGAAAAGUUUUCAUUUUAUUGCUCUGUAAGGGCCUUGACAGACCUGAGGAUUAACCGAGAGACGACUUAGCGUAAUUAUAUUAGAAAUAAUGAUUAAACUACAUUUCCAUCAUUUUCGACUAAGUCGUCUCUCGGCUUAAGUCGUAAGUGUGUCUAGGGCAUAAUGCUCGAUGGCUUUUAAAACACGAUUAGUUUGUAUAAGAGCUACCAAACGAAGUAAUCAGGGAUAAAGUCUAAAACUAUUUCUUUAAGGCAAAAAACAAACGAGCAGUAAAAAAUUCAAAAUGGGCAGUAAAAAAUUCAAAAUGAGCAGUAAAAUAUCUAAUUAUGGUCAGUAAAAAACUGAAAUCUUUACAAAAAUGGGUCUAAUUUAUAUAUUUAACAUUUAAAAUUGUUGCAGAUAGAAUGAAAAGCCCUUUAUUUUCCCUUUGCCAAAAUUUGGACGAUAAUAUCACUCUUUCAAUUUUUUUGUUACUGCUCAAUUUUAACUUUUUACUGCUCAUUUAUACAAUGCCUUUCUUUAAAGCAUCCAGAACAAGUUCCUUAAAAUUAUGUAUAAAAAACCGCGAGAUUAUUCAACAUACCGCUUGCACAAACUGGCAAAUGUUCAAAUGAUCGACUCCUUCCUCGAUAAACUUCAAUUGAAAUUUAUCGAGAACUGCCGCUUAUCACCUCACACAGAGAUCCAACAGCUAAACUAGUGUUAGCAAGUUUAAAUUCAGUUAAUAUCAGCGUUUAAAAGCUCUAUUCUAAUAUUGCUAAUCUGUCAAAUAUCAUUCAUUAAGUAAAAGUCACCUAAAUCUACUUUAUAUAUUCUUCUACUCUAAACCUCUGUUUAAUACUUAUAAUAUACUCUGAAUUAAAGAUGUAGCAAUUAAAUCAAAAUUGGAACACUUACUUAAAUUGUAUAUACCUGUACUUUUAAUGGAAUAAAUAUAAAUUAAAUUAAAUUAUUUCUUUAAAGCUGAAGUCAUUAAACUGAAUUUCAUUAAUAUCGGUAGAGCCGUUUUCGAGAAUUUAUUUUUCAAAGUAGUAGAUUUUGUUAAGGAUAUCGUUAAUUUGCCAAGGUAUGACAGUGCUUUUUGACUUGGGUCUUGGCCAUUUUUAAAUCAUAUACGAAUACUUGCAAAAUGGGCCUAGUCUCAUCUUUGGAGAAGGAUUAGGCUAGCUCCCAUACAUUGUCCCAGGGGGCUGACAUUAGUUCUGAAAAAUGCGACCAGUUUUAGUGUCAAUUUUUUCCUGUUUUCGUACACAUUUCACGAGAUAUCUCCAAAACUACGUAGGUUGCCUAUUUGGGGUUUACGGUUAUCUUUUCGUUAUUAAAUUGGAUUUUAUUGUGUAUUAGUAUUAUUUACUAAUUCAUUCUACAAUGACAGAAAACAGCUAAUAAACUCAAAAGUUCUUUCGGCACGCUAAAAACAUAUGGGAAACAUAGGAAACGGCAUGCCCCUGCAUUGUCCCAUUUUCCUUUUACACUUUAAAAUUAGAGAUGUUUUGUCAAAGAAUACAUAUUCAAUCUUUAAAGACAAAUUUGAAGAUUUAACUGGAUUUUACGCUUAAAUAUUUAUCCUAGAACUAAGGAGCAAGUUCAAUUUUUCACUUCACUUUUUAGUUUAUCAACUACUAUUUGAAAGGAGACUGCUUUUUUUACUUUUGUUAAAUUUCUAAGUAGGGGAAACUGGGACACCGCCGAAAAUGGGGUAGCACCGAACACUGAUUUUAUUUGCUAAACUACUUGGGAUGUAACGAUCAUUGCUUCAGUGGACAAGCAUCACUAUAUUAUCUAUGAAUUCAUACAGAUCUUGUCCUCUGAAGUCUAUCUAAUUAAAAAAUCGCAGUGUUCAGUGCAACCCCGUGUUCAGUGGUGCCCUAGUUUCCCCUAUUUUUAUUUAUUUAAUAUAUCUAAUGUCUGAGAUUUCGAUUAUUUAUUAAUUUUAAAAUAGCCAAUCGUAAUAUUUUCUUGCUGGUUAUUUUCAUCCAGAACUCGGAAUAAGCCCACACUUUCACUCUGUUACUAAUCAAUUCUAAAGAGGGCGUGGCCUAAAUUUCAGCCGUAGAGUAAAAUGUGAAGGUUUCUCAGAAGAUUUGAAUUGUAGUAUUGUUAUAUUGAGUUUGUUAAAAUGUGAUAUAGGCGAUACAGUCCAUAUAGUCCUCAAAUUGAGAGUAACUAAAUUAUUCUAAGGCGGACUUACUAGAACUGUCUACUUCUAAGCAUAAUAUAGAACAUAAAAAUUAAAUUUUAUAAAAAAAAAAAUUGUAUUCAAAUUGAUAAUUUUGAUAUUUAGACUUAAACGCAAUGAAUUUAGCUUCAAUAUAGUAAUCCGUUUUAUUAACAACAAAUACUUGCUACCAAAGAUUCAUACUUAUGCAACGAUACUUACCUCUCCAGCAAUUAAAGUUCUAUGGAUAAACAAAUAAUUAAGGAGUGUGAAAACGAAUGUUCCACUGUUUUAGAGUGUGAAGGAAUUCUGUGAAGGAAGCUCUGCAAAUUCCCCCACAAAACCCAUUUUAGAUUUUAAAUGAAAAGAAGCUCUAGAGAGCCGAAUGAGAAAUUCAAUUAUAAAUUUGUAAUAUAAGCCCAAUGAAUUUGUAUUGAUGCAGUAACUUAUAAAUAGAAUAGUGAAUGUUUUGUAAAUAUUUCCUUCUCUCAUGUAGGUCAUUAAGGACCAAAGAAAAACACCAUAAAAAAAGCUAGAUAUAUCACCUCAUUGUACAUUUCUCUGUGAGCCCACUGAAAUGCACAUUGUCGUGACAAUAGCAAAUUAGUUUAAGGAAUGUUUAUUUAUAAAUAAAUAUAACAAUUGCUAAUUUA